AUGGCGAGCGAUACGACUCAACGGCUCAGCACCAUCAAGAAACUAUCGCCAGAGUCCCUAAGCUCUCGGAUGAUGGGGAUUGAGCGCGGCGCGAAAAUGCCAUUCCGACACGUACAUUGCCAUAUCUUGCGUGUGGCAAGUUCCGGGAAUGACACCGUCUCGGGCCGGUACCAAUUCUCGCCCGCAGAUGCUCCAGGGAUCCGCAUGCCGCCGGACGUCGUGCUGGACCGAAUCCUCAACUUCAAACGCUGUAACCCCGAGUACCGCAACACGCCGUUUUGGAUCGACAAGCUGUGCAUCAACCAGGACGAGAGCGAGGAGAAGGAGAUUGCGGUGCAUUCCAUGGAUCUCGUGUACCAGUACAGCGGGUGCGGGCUGGGCCUGAUGUUUUCCGAGAUUACCACGGUGGAGGAGUUGACGCUGCUACGGAAGCUGCUGGACGGGAAGUUGGCGGAGAGCAGCGGCGACGAGUACAGGCUACUCAUCGGCCCCGAGGAAGUGGGACCCGCGGGCGAGGACCUGUACGGCAAGACGACGGGAGAGAUCCAGGUCUACCCUCUCAAUUUCCGCACCGAGGUCACGACGCUGUGCCUCGCGCUGACGCCCCUGCUCGACGUGGCGGGCAAGCACCGGGCCGCCAAGAUCUUGCAGUUCGCCGGCCGCUACUCCUCCAUCUACAGAGCGUGCCGUCGGAAAACUUCGGGAUCGUCGCUGCACGCGAUGGCGCCCGCCAUCUUCAACGAUAUCGGGUCCCGCGGCAUCACCAUGCCCUCGGACAUCCUGGCCAUCGCGGCGAAUUGCUGCCGGUACGUGACUAGGUUACGGGGCGACGUCAUCGACCGGAGCGGCGAGAGUCUGAGCCUCGCCAUUUUGUCUCUCUUCCUUUUGAAUGGCGAGGUGAUCCGAAGCGACCUCCCCAGCGACCAGGUGCUUCGCCAGAGCAUAUUCGAGUGCCUGGGGGCUGUCAAGCUGCGCGUGAUCCCGCCCGUCAAGACCGCCGAGCUCAUCUUUAUUAAACACUGCCGCCUGUCGGACGUGCGGUUCGGCCCGGACGGGAUUCGUACGACGGGCGUGCUGUCUAGGCUCAGCGCGCGGAUUAGAGUGCCUGUUCCGGCGGAGCAGCGCAAAGAAUACUUCAAGGUGGACAGCACCGUCGACUUUCUCAGGUUGACGCAGGCCGAGCUCGAUUUGCUGAGGACGCUGGCUCAGUAUCUGGAAACGAAUACUAAUCUCCGGCGCGAAGGAGGUGGUGCCUUGCCGGUGCUUCUGAAGACGUUUAUCAAGGAGAAAUCGGGUAGUUUUACGCCGCAGUACUGGAGCAUGCAGCACCUGAAGCUCAUGAUGGCAAAAUCGGUUUGCCGGGCCCUUGCCGAGGACAGGCCUCUGCUGCUCACGCGACUCUUUAAGCCGAAUGCCGCGUGGACGCCCUUCCUGGGGGUGUUUGCGCCCGAAGACCCGGAUAGCUUCAACAACUCGACGUUUGCGUUUACGUGCAUCACGACCGAUAACGAGUUCAAGGAUCGCGGGGCGAAACUGGCGAGGAAAAAUACGAGGCUGGUGUCUUUGGAAGUUGUCGUUUCGCCCAAUAAGCUUUACAUGACGCCAAAGAGAUGGAUUAAUGGCCUUUGGUUCUUUAAUAAUGGCGAUCACCAAAGGGAAAUCACGAUUCCGUGGCCCGAGUGGAUGAAAUAG